AUGUUCAACUCCCAGCUUUUUUUUUCCUAUUUUGAACUUGUGAUCGAUUAAUUCGAUUUUUCAUAGUUUUAAUCGUGUCAUUGUGAUUCAUUUUUUUAGUAACUAUAUCUAAAUCGUUAAGUAUUAGUUUUCAUAAUGGAAAAUACUAAUGUAGACAUGGAAGUAGAUGAAGUUCAAGACAAUGUCAUAGCAACAAAUGUUACGGGUAGUGUGUCUAUAUCGCUACAUCCUCUAGUUAUUCUCAAUAUAUCUGAACACUGGACACGUUUAACGGCCCAAGUUGGUAAUUCAGUUCCUACUCUUGGAGCGCUAAUCGGUAAACAAAAGGAUCGAACAAUUGAAAUAAUGAAUUCAUUUGAAUUAUCAUAUAAUAUACUCGAAGAUUCAUCAUUAAUUAUCGAUAGAGAUUACUACAAUUCUAAAGAAGAACAAUUUAAACAAGUGUUUUGUGAUUUGGACUUUCUUGGUUGGUAUAUUACAGGAACUGGUUCAAGUAAGCCAUCAUUACGAGAUAUUGAAGUACAUCAACAAAUCACUAAAAUUGCUGACUGUCCAAUAUUUUUAAAAAUGGAUCCUCAUGGUGGACAUACGGAUUUGCCAGUCAAAGUCUAUGAAUCCGUUAUUGAUUUAAUUAAAGGAGACACAAAAAUGUUAUUUGUGGAAUUGACAUACACAUUAUCUACUGAAGAUGCAGAACGUAUCGGUGUUGAUCAUGUUGCAAGAAUGUCCAGCAAUGAUGCUCAAGAAAAUAGUUUGGUUGCUGAAACCUUAACUGUUCAGUUUAAUGCUAUCAAAAUGCUUCAGAGUAGAGUUAAAUUAUUACUUGAAUAUUUGAAAGAAACUAAGAAUUCAGAAAUACCUAUAAACAAUGAAAUAUUAAGGGAAUUUGUUUCUUUAUGUCACCGACUGCCAGUAAUGGAAUCUGGAGAGUUCUACAGGGAAUUGUAUACACAUUGUAAUGACGUUGCACUUAUUGCUUACUUAGGAGUGUUAACAAAAUGUAGUAAUGAAGUUAACAAUUACUGUAACAAGUUCAAUGCACUCUUUGAUCGCCAAGUCGUUGGUAGAAAAGUUAAGGCUUUAUUUUUAUAAUUCAAUUUUAUUUUUUAACUAAACAUUUUGAAACUAUCUGAUUAUUAUGUUAUAAAAUACAUUAAAAAAACUUAUACUUUUAUAAAUUGGUUUAGGCAGUGUAAACCAUGGUUGGAAAAUAAGAAAAAAACGAAGACUGUCUUAUUGAAUAAAUAUACAAUUAAAGUAAACUUAUAAA